GAGAUGACUAAAACACUUCUUCUUUCUGUUAUUUUGCUACAUUUUCUCCAACAAGGAAGCACGCGCAAGAAAUUACCUGGAGUUGAGCAAUAUGAAAUCGUUUAUCCAAGGAGGUUGCACACAGUACAUAAAAGAGAUGCAGAAAGGAACAAAGAGACCAAAUACGGUGACACGAUGGAGUAUGGAAUCAAAGCCAAUGGAGAGGAAGUCAUACUGCACCUAGAAAAAAAUAAGCAUCUAUUAGCUAGAGACUACACAGAAACAGUAUAUUCCGAUGAUGGACAACAAAUAACAACAAGUCCUCAGAUCAAGGAUCACUGUUAUUAUGAAGGCUACAUUCAGAAUGACACCGGUUCCACAGCAAGCAUCAAUGCCUGCAAAGGUUUAAGCGGAUAUUUCGAAACCCGCGGUCAGAAGUACCUCAUCGAACCCUUGGGAACUUCAGACAGAGAUGAACAUGCAGUCUAUAAGUAUGAGGAUCUAGAACAGAAAUCCAUAAAAACCUGUGGUGUAAUCAAUAAUACCUGGGAAUCAGAUUCGGAUGAUCCCAUCAAUGACAUCUUCAAAUCCAGCAACAGCCCAGAAAUGAAGGCAUACCUAAAAGCAAAAAAAUAUCUGGAAGUUUACAUCGUUGCAGACAACACUUUAUAUAAGAAGUAUGACGAAGAUGUUGAAACUGUGAGACAAAGGAUAUUUGGAAUAGUCAACUAUAUCAACACGGUUUAUAAAGCCUUAAAUAUCUACGUGGCUUUAAUUGGGCUGGAAAUCUGGACAGACGGUGACAAAUGUGCCCUGAGCAGUGUUGCAGGAUCCACUCUGGACAAGUUCUCAAAGUGGCGUCUAUCAGAUUUAUUACAGAGGAAGAGAAAUGACAACGCUCAGCUAAUUACGGGCUAUGAAUUGGAGGGAACAACAAUCGGAUUAGCCUUCCUAAAAUCCAUAUGCAGUGACAUAUAUUCUGCAGGUAUUAUUCAGGACCAUAACAGAAAUGAAAUCGCAGUGGCAGCUACCAUGGCACAUGAGAUGGGUCACAAUCUUGGUAUGAGUCACGAUACCGAUGCCUGCUCAUGUAGUGGUGAAGUCUGUAUCAUGACAGACACUGUCAGUUACGUCGUCCCCAAGGAUUUCAGCUCUUGCAGCCUCCAAAGUUUUGAGAAAUACAUGUUGAGCGACAUGCCGAAAUGCUUAACAAACAUCCCAGAAGUAAGCAGCAUCAUAGCACCUUCGUCUUGUGGAAAUGGCUUUGUGGAAGAAGGAGAGGAAUGCGACUGCGGUACUCCUGAGGAGUGCACGAAUGACUGCUGCGACCCCAUGACGUGCACGCUGACAGCAGGCUCCACGUGUGCACACGGAGAGUGCUGUGAAAACUGCCAAUUCAAAGAAUCAGGAGCCGUUUGCAGAGCGGUUCAGCACGACUGCGACCUGGCUGAGAUGUGCACUGGCUUCUCUGCAAAUUGCCCAGAGGAUCGAUUCCGUGUGAACGGAUACCCCUGCAACUAUGGCAAAGGCUAUUGCUACAUGGGAACCUGUCCCACCCGAGACAACCAGUGCAAAGCUGCUUUUGGACCACACGCUACUGUAAGUGCAGCUUCCUGCUACCGGAUGAACGAGAGAGGGGUGUAUUAUGGAUACUGCCGAAAAGAAGAAGGUAGUCACGUCCCAUGUAAAAAAAAAGAUAUAAUGUGUGGAAAGUUGUUCUGUAGCGGUGGGAAGGACAUGCCUGAGGAUGGGAGCCUGGUGUCUUUUGAGUCCUGCAAAGCAAGUUUUCCUGGAAAUGGAGAAGCAGACUCAGGGAUGAUUCUUGAUGGAACAAAGUGCGGGGAUGGGAUGGUGUGCAUCAAGGGAGAAUGUGUCUAUGCCGAAGACGUCUUUAGGUCAACCAACUGCUCUGCCAAGUGUCCUGGACACGCUGUGUGUGACCACGAGCUGCAAUGCCAGUGUGAAGAAGGAUGGGCACCACCGACCUGUGACAGCUCAUCAGCAAUUACCAGCUUUGCUAUUGUUGCCGGUGUGCUGGUUGUCCUCGCCGUCACAGCAACAGCCGCAGUGUUACUUAUCCGCUUAAGAGUAUUCAAGAAAAGCUGCCAUAGCAGAAGAGGACCCGGAACCACAAACCAAGUCUUUGUGGAUCAAGAACAAAGACACAGAGAACAUCCUGUGCUGGCAGUACCUGCCCAGAAGAUGAACGAUAAGAAACUUCUCCUUCCCGUACCCCCACCUCAGGAGACCAAACCACACCUUCAGAGCCAUGUCAUAAGGCCAAAAGGUCCCCCACCGCCUGUUCCCUCUACCAAACCAACCUCUUUGCACAUAGAACCGACUUUUGCACCAGAGAGAAAACCUGCUCAUCUUCCAGUGCCCAAACCUACACCUCCACCAAAGGCUUUAAAACCUCCAAUUAAUCCCAGAGUAUGAAGCACCUGAAGCAAGGCUGAUCAAGAUACUUGGAAUUUCCAGGAACAAUAUUUUUGUCUCUUCAUCCCUCCACUUUCGGAAAAGGCAACCAAGAUAGUCUUCCUGUUCUCUUUAAACAAAGAAGAAUUGACUGACAGCUGCUUUCAAAGGAAAAGGCUGGUUUUCAAACAGCAAGGAACUUGUCAGUGCUGACAUCAAGCUACUGUCCAAAAGUAAAGGAACCAGAGAAGCUGUUUGCACUGAGGUGUAGACCAGGAGGAAGCCAUGAAAGCUGCUGAAUGCAUCCAAACUCCUAGGCCACCACCCCGAUGUGGAUCAUACUGGGAUGCCCUGAGUCUCCGCUGUAUUUCUGUGUGGAGAAAUGAGAACGAUGCUUUCUCAGAGAAGAUCAGGGAAAGCACAGCUACUGUAUAUUUGUAAAUGGUAAACAUUUCUGUUUCUGAGUCUUUGCCAGCCCUUUCUUCAGCACCAAACCAGACCUCUUCCUUCCUAUGCAAGUUCUGGUAAAAGAAACACCCUUCCAGCCCUUCGGAGAAAAGCUGGUGUCCUUAAGGCCUGAACCAGCCUCGGAAUAAAGAGAUAACACACUGGAAAUGCAUUGAUUCUGGAAAGAUCCUAUUGGAUCGGACUGUCUCAUUAAUCCUUAGAUUACCGGUUAAACAAAAGUCCUCUGUUGAGGAGGUAGAACUGGAGAGAUGCUCAAAGGCAAAGCACUCAGGAGUUGAACCACUUAGCUGCCUUCAAGCACUUGCAGUCAGAAAAGCUCUCCAGAUGCCACCACUGCACUUGGACAGAGAAGUUUAGAAAAGCACAGUCAACAAAAUCCUUAAUCGUUUACUUCAUUUACCCCUCAGCUCCAGAAAUAUCUUCAUGCUUCUCCCUUCCAGGAUAUACACACCUCGGUGUUUUCAUUCAAUUGCUCGUGCACCAGGGCGUGUUAUUGUAAAGUUGCUAAUGAGAACUUGUCUGGGCUCAGGGGUUGUUUUUGUGGGAUGGCAUCGCAGCGUGAGGCUUUGCAAGCUGCAUUAUUACUGAGGGGUUGAUUCUUCAUUCCCUCUGGGCCGGUUGGCAUCAAUGUUGUUGACGCUAUCGGCCUGCUGGCAUAGAUGUACGUGAGCCUAUUGGCAUUGGUGUUCAUAAUACUGAGGGUCCUGGCACUGAUGCUGCUGUUACCGUUGGCGCCGAUACCAUUCAUGUGGUUGGCGUCAAUAUUUUGAAGUUAAAGUGCACAGAAGUGUUUUUCAAGGAACAAAAAUUUUACCAGGAAAAAUAAGAGAGAGAAACAAAAUUGCCCUGGACCCAAAGUACUCAAGAUUUUAUAGAGGUUCCAGUUUGAACUAGGUUUGGGAUUGGAGCAGGAUCAAAAUCAGAAUCGAUUACGCUGUGGCUCAGGAAGGUGAUUUGCAACCCUUAGGCGUAGUGUCUUUGUAGAGAAGACCACACAGCUACCCAACUCCCAAAUCAAGAUCUGAGCUCUCAGGCCAGCGUCGCGCACGCCUUCGUACCUUGACCUGUGCUUGGUUCUGACCACGACCACUAGAACAUCUCAAAAGCCUGAUCCUCAGAGAGACUGAAACUGUAUUUCACUUGCUAAAAUCCUGAUGCACAUAGUCGUGUUUGGAUACUGAACACACAACUGUACAGUUACUUUCCAAAUGCAGAGCCUUGUUGUUCAUGGCGACCGCUCUGAGUCUGUAGAAACCAUCAUCUCUACUAUACAAAUGGAUAUGAAACCCCAAUACCUUCUUUUUGGGCCAGACUUGUUUUGAGGUUGCCACUCAAACGCCGUAUGCUCUGCAAACCACAGCUGUGAUGGAAUCCCAGUCUGGAGUUUGAAGAGUGAGGUGGGGUUUUUGACUUAGGAUAGAUUUUAUCGGAAGAACGUAGCUUUCUUCCAUUUUGCUUCUUUUUUUGAGUCAGAAAUGGAUUUUAAAUAUCUGUAUUUGACUAUGGCAUAAAGGUUCAGAACUUAUUUUUUAUGAACUUUAGUUAAUGUACUUGUGUAAUUACUGUAUUUGCAUAACAUGUAUUUAC